UCGAGCUUCCUAACCCAUAUAUACAGUACAUCAAACCUCCCAAUAGCUCUACAACAACUGCUCUCCAACGCCGUCAUCCGGCAUGUUGGACCCCUUCCCACCCCCCCCGACAUGGCUACGAGACCGUGUCGAGCCUUGGGCCCUCUACUUCAACGUCCCAGCCCUGACAGACCACUUCCAUGAGGUCCUCCUCGCCCUCGCCGGCUACCAGUUCAUCCACUCCGUCCUCUCCCCAUGGCUCUCCCCGAUCCUCUUCCCCCGACACUAUCCGCAUCUGAACAAACGCACCAAGCUAAACUGGGACGUCCACGUCGUCUCCCUCGUCCAGAGCACCCUGAUCAACAUCCUCGCCCUCUGGAUCAUGUUCACAGAUAAAGAACGCAAGUCCAUGGACAUCAACGAACGCAUCUACGGCUACUCAGGCACAUGCGGAUUUCUCGCCGCCCUAGCCGCAGGCUACUUCGUCUAUGAUCUCGUCAUCAGCACAAUCCACAUCAAGAUGUUCGGCAUCGGCAUGCUCUUCCACGCCAUCAGUGCGUUAUGGGUAUUCAGCUUCGGCUUCAGACCCUUCGUAAACUUCUACUCCCCAACUUUCAUCCUCUACGAACUCUCCUCCCCGUUCCUAAACAUCCACUGGUUCCUCGACAAACUCAACCUCACCGGCUCAAAACUCCAAUGGUACAACGGCAUGCUCCUCCUCUCCGUCUUCUUCAGCUGUCGCCUCGUCUGGGGAACAUGGCAAUCCGUCCUCGUCUACAGAGAUAUGUGGCACGCUCUGCAGCUAUCCUGGUCCCUGUCUUCAUCCGCCGUUGCACUGGGCGUCCCUGUUGAUAUUACGUCCACAGUAUUCGGAAACAGGGCGCAGCUGGCGCUGCAGUGCGGGGAUAAGCUCUGCACCCGGGCCCAGGAGGAGGUAUACAAGUAUGCUGGGUUUACGGUGGGGGGAGCGCCGGUGUGGCUUGUUGGGACUUAUGUGGCAGCGAACGUUGUCUUGAAUUCGUUGAAUUAUUAUUGGUUUUCGAAGAUGGUGGAGACGGUUUUGAAGAGGUUUAGGGGACCCAAGGAGGGUGGGGAGAAGAAGAGGGCGGAUUCUGAGGAGAAGGUGGAGGAUGUGGUGGAGGAUAUUGCGCAGAAGGUUGUUUUAGAGGCGGCUGCUACGUUGGAGGAGGAGGAGGGGAGGGUGUUUCAUGGGGAUGUGCCUGAGGAGCAGGGGUUUGUGGUUAAGGAUGUCGAUGUUGAUGUUGGACGGGAGGAGUUGAGGAGGCGGAAAGCCUAGGUGUUUCUUAGGGCUAGAGUUGUGUUGAGGGAGUUUUGUUUAGGACUUAAAAAGGCGGAGUUGAAUUGUGAGCUA